UAGUCGAUCCCGGAACGCAGCCAAAGCAGAGCAAUGUUUUCAUGCCUGCUGACGACCUGCGCUAGUCACUCUGCCAUGGCGCCCGUGAUGUCGCUGCUGAAGGAGGGGACAUCCUAGCAUCGUGUUUAAUUCGCUUUUGUUGAAUACAAUAAAAAGAAUAUCCUGUGCGUUUUGCUACUCCAGGUUUGAAUUGAAUUGAAUUUAUCUCUGAACCCGCCAUGACCGUGGAGCAGAAUGUCCUCCAGCAGCAUUCUCAGAAGCACCAGCAGACGCUACUUAACCAGUUGAGGGAGGUCACAGGCACCACAGACGUUCAGCUGCUUCAGCAGGCGCUGCAGGUGAGCAAUGGAGACCUUGCCGAGGCUGUGGCGUUUCUGACGGAGAAGAACGCCAAGGUUCCUCAGCAAGAUGAGGCGACCUACUACCAGACGACCCAGGUGGCCAGCGACAGAUACAUCAGCGUCGGCAGCCAGGCAGACACAAAUGUGAUUGACCUGACCGGGGAUGAUAAAGAUGACCUGCAGAGGGCAAUCGCCCUCAGCCUGGAGGAGUCCAACCGGGCAUUCAGGGAGACUGGCAUCACUGAUGAGGAGCAGGCCAUCAGCAGAGUUUUGGAGGCCAGCAUAGCAGAGAACAAGGCAAGUCUGAAGCGGACCCACACUGAAGUCUGGAGCGACUCACCCAACCCACAUGACAGGAAGAGGAUAGACACCUGCCCCGUGGGGCUGAAAAAUGUUGGCAAUACCUGCUGGUUCAGUGCUGUCAUUCAGUCUCUGUUCAACCUGCUGGAGUUCCAGAGGCUGGUGCUUCACUACUCACCGCCAGCCCGAGUCCAUGACCUUCCUCGGAACCAAAAGGAACACAGGAACCUGCCCUUCAUGCAGGAGCUGAGGAACCUCUUCUCCCUCAUGGUGGGGUCCAAGAGGAAAUAUGUGGAUCCAUCACGCGCUGUGGAAAUCCUCAAAGACGCCUUCAAGUCCAGCGAGUCGCAGCAGCAGGAUGUGAGCGAGUUCACCCACAAGCUGCUGGACUGGCUGGAGGACGCUUUCCAGAUGAAGGCCGAGGAAGACAGGGAGGGCGAGAAGCCAAAGAACCCCAUGGUGGAGCUUUUCUAUGGUCGCUUCCUUGCCGUGGGGGUCCUGGAAGGUAAAAAGUUUGAGAACACAGAGAUGUUCGGGCAGUACCCACUGCAGGUGAAUGGCUUCAAGGAUCUUCAUGAAUGCCUGGAGGCAGCAAUGAUUGAGGGCGAGAUCGAGUCCCUGCACUCGGCAGAGAACUCUGCCAGGUCCGGACAAGAGCACUGGUUCACAGAACUCCCUCCUGUGUUGACCUUUGAACUGUCAAGAUUUGAGUUCAACCAAGCCCUGGGCCGACCGGAGAAGAUCCAUAACAAGCUGGAGUUCCCCUCUAUGCUCUACAUGGACAGGUACAUGGACAGGAACAGGGAUAUAACCAGGAUCAAGAGGGAGGAGAUCAGGAGGCUUAAAGAGCAUCUGACACUGCUUCAACAGCGACUGGAGAGGUAUCUGAGUUACGGCUCCGGCCCCAAGAGGUUCCCUCUGGCAGAUGUCCUCCAGUACGCCAUGGAGUUUGCCUCCAGUAAGCCAGUGUGCACCUCCCCAGUGGAGGACAUUGACUCGUCAGCGCCCCCCGGUGGCACAACAGGACAACAGCUGUCCCAACCGAGCACAGCCGAGCAGGACCCCUUGCCUCCCCUAGAGAGCUCAGGCCCUGCCUCAGGUCCCAGCCCAGCUCCCACUGCAGCCCAGCAGCAGAGAGUGCCCAUCCAUAAGCCCUUUACCCAGUCCCGGCUACCCCCCGACCUCCCCAUGCACCCUGCCCCGCGUCACAUCACCGACGAAGAGCUGAGGGUGCUGGAGGGCUGCCUGCACCGCUGGAGGAGUGAAGUGGAAAACGACACCCGUGAUCUGCAGGGCAGUAUAAACAGAAUCCACAGAACCAUUGAGCUCAUGUACUCUGACAAAUCCAUGAUGCAGGUUCCAUACCGGCUCCAUGCAGUGCUCGUCCAUGAAGGCCAGGCCAACGCAGGUCACUACUGGGCUUACAUCUACGACCCACACCAGCGCUGCUGGAUGAAGUACAACGACAUCUCUGUCACCAAGUCGUCCUGGGAGGAGCUGGUCCGGGACUCGUUCGGAGGCUACCGCAACGCCAGUGCCUACUGUCUCAUGUACAUCAACGACAAGAAGCCCUUUCUCAUAGAAGAGGAGUUCGAUAAAGAAACAGGGCAGAUACUCAGCGGCAUGGACAAACUGCCUCCGGACCUGAAGCAGUAUGUGAGGGAGGACAACGAGCUUUUCGACAAGGAGGUCGAGGAGUGGGACGCCCUGCAGGUCCGCAAGGCCCAGCAAGAGAAGCUUGCCCUGGCUGCAGCUGCGGCCGCAGCUGCAGCCGCCUCGGCAGCAUCCAGCACCUCAACCUCGUCUUCUUCCCCUCAGCCCAUGAGUAUUGAGUCCAGCCCUCCAGACAACACAGUACCCCAGCAGGAGCCAGAGUACAUGGAGCAGCCAUCGCCCACCAAUGACUCCAAACACCUGCAGGAAGACACAGAGAGGGCCAUCUCCAGGGCCGCUGCUGAGCAAGAGGAGAGGAGCCCCGAGGCACUGUUGAACGCUUCUCCUCCCCCUCCCUCCUCCCCUCGGCCCGAGUUCCAGGUGUGCUCCACCUCCGCCCCCCCUCCCCCUGACCUGGUCACGGAGGACGAGUCGCCUGGCCAGCGCACGGUCGAGGUGGCCAUUCCCAACGUGGGGACCUUUGUCAUUGAGUCAGAAGAGGGGGGGUACGAUGACGAGGCAAUGAUGACCCCCAACAUGCAGGGUGUAAUUAUGGCCAUUGGCAAAUCCAGCAGCGUGUAUGAAAAGAACGGGCCAGAGACCGCCUUUUUUAAGGCCAUAAAGCUGGAGUAUGCUCGUCUGCUGAGGUUUGCCCAGGAGGACACGCCUCCUGAGAACGAUUACCGACUACAGCACAUCAUCGUCUACUUCAUCCAGAACCAGGCGCCCAAGAAGAUUCUGGAGAGGACUCUGCUCACUCAGUUUGCUGACCGGAACCUGGCCUUCGAUGAGAGAUGUAAGAGCAUAAUGAAUGUGGCACGUGCCAAACUGGACUUAAUCAAGCCCGAGGAGGUCAACAUGGAUGAAUACGAGAUGUGGCAUCAGGCUUACCGGAAUUUCCGCGAGACAACAAUCUUCAUGACGACUGGCCUGGAGCUCUUUCAGAAGACAAACUACAUGGAGGCUCUGAUGUAUCUGAUUUACUCAUACCAGUACAACAAGGAGCUUUUGUCUAAAGGGCAGUACAGAGGGCACGACGAGGAGCUGCUCGGUCAUUACCGUCGAGAGUGUUUGCUGAAAUUAAACGAGCAAGCUGCGGCCAUGUUUGAGUCUGGAGAAGAGCCGGAGGUGACCACGGGCCUCGGCAUCAUGAACGAGCUGGUGGUGUCCUGCAUCCCUCUGCUGCUGAUCCACGACACAGAGAGGGACCUGCUGGCAGUGGAGGACAUGAGGAACCGCUGGUGCUCCUACCUGGGCCAGGAGAUGGAACCCAACCUCCAGGAGAAGCUGACCGAUUUCCUCCCCAAGUUGCUGGACUGCUCGACGGAGAUCAAGAGCUUCCACGACCCUCCCAAGCUGCCCACCUACUCCACGCUGGAGCUUAGCGAGCGGUUCAGCCGUGUCAUGGCUGCCGUUGGCAGGGUGCCCACCGACGGGAGAUGAGCUCCGGACGGACGGACGGACGCUUCUCCGCCAUCACGGGGUCCAACCCCCGGCAGACAUCCAUGGAACUCUCUUAACCCAUGCCUUCCUUCUAAAUCCAGGGGUCUCUCACGCUUCUAGCUGUUACUCCUCUGUUACUCUUUUGCUGCUAUAGAUUUUAUCAUUAUAAAUAUUAUUUCACUUUUUAUUUCGAAGCAAAACAGAACAGAGGAAGGAGGGUGGACUGUUGAGGAGGGAGUCGAGAAAUGAGAGAGGAGAUGGAAAAAAAAAACUGGUCAUCCUGCAGCGGUUGAAAGCCAAGCACACUCUGCUUCAGCUUUUUUAACAAAAAAAAAUAAGAAAACACGUUUGAGGGUUUUUCAUAGUUGAUUAUUAUUGUUGUUGUUGCUGUUUGAUUCAAGCUUCCCCAACCGCACUCAUAACCCUUCCUGAAGCCCCCUCCUCUGCGUGAGAAAGGAUCACCCCGCUGCUCCGCCUCCAGUUUGGUACAGUAUUACCACGUUUUUGUUUCUUUUUUCUAAGGAAGGAAGUAAGGAUGAGAGCCUUCAGAUUUAUCGGGCGGCUCAAAGUAUCUCAGAACGGUCUCAUGUCUCAGUGGACUGCGCCAGAAUGAGGUGUUUUAAGUGCUGUGGUAGACGGCCACGGACUUCCUGUGGCUUGUUAAUAAAUCGAGAGAAUAAAGUUUUAUUUAUGGCCCUUUUAGGCCAAAUAAACAAAUGUUUUGCCUGAUGUUGAUUUCUCUUUUGUUUGCUCUGACGUCAUCAUUAUUA